AUGUCAACAACCGAGAACACAACAACAGUUAUAGUCCAUGAAGCUAUAAAUGAAGAAUAUGAGUACAUACAGUUUAACAAACAACUCCGUCUCAUUCGUUCGGUCAAAGACGAUAUGUACCAGAUGCAAAGUAUUUUGACAGCAUGUUUUGCUCCAGACACUAAACACGCAGACGACUGGUUCAAAAACCAAAGCACACAAGAACUUUUGAGUGAAGCACAGCGAGACCGACUUUUUUCUGAAAACAGUGAAGAACAGCGAGACCGACUUCCUUCGGGGUCGCCUAAAACUCAUGAAAACAGUGAAAUUUCUCUAGACCGACUUUUAUCGGCCUUGCAUAAAACACAUGAAAAUCGUAAAAAUUUGCCAAUAAAUUUAAGAGGUUGGUAUGUACAUAGACUUCUUGUAAAUGCUGUUGCAAUGUGGGCUUCUCCUCGUUAUGCAUGGCAUGUUUACAUGAUGUUAGAUGAACUAUAA